UCUUUUCAGGCAUACUUAGAGAGCUCUCAUCCUUCAUAGAUGGAACAGCUUGAAAGUUGUUUAUUCAAAGAAUUUGUCCUACGCUUGCUUUGAAUAGGGUUUUUAAAAAGCGCAGCCAUUUCUGUGUAAACAUUAACCGUAUACCUGUCUCAGUCUAUCAUAAAAAGCAUGUUUAUACAAGAUGUAACUUACAAAUGAAGAAAUAGGAGGAGCAUUGGCUUACAAAAGAAAGAUUUGUGUUGUUUUUAUUAUUCCUUUUGGUCACCGUGGGUUACAGAAUGGAACGUGCAGCAUGAAUCUCUGCUCCUGCUUGUUUUCUAGUUGGACUGCUCAAGCGUUCUGAAGGGAUAUCUGUGCUUGGAUUCAAAUAUUUUACUUUCCUGUGUGGAUUCGUGGUCAAGUCUGAUGAAGUGCUGUUAUCUGGUGCCUCAGCUCUAGUGACAAGACUCUUGACCUGCUGGAUCAGCUCCUUCCAGAUGCCCUUUGUACUUCACGCAGAAGAAAAUUACCCAGAAUGGACUUGGAGAAAAUAAGAGAUUGGUUAUGACUUUUACAGUAGCUUUCUACAGGUGAUGUGAUUUGAAGAUGCCAACCCCUUGGCAAACGUGCUGCAAUAAAAAGACCAGAACUAAGAAUGCAAAAGCUGGAAUGGACAAUAUGGCUGAGAUGAGUGAAAAAAUGCAGAUGAAAAAAGAAAUCACAUUACUAAAUGGAGUUUCUUUAAUUGUGGGGAACAUGAUUGGCUCUGGCAUAUUUGUGUCACCCAGAGGUGUUCUAAUGUACAGUGCUUCCUAUGGACUCUCGCUGGUCAUCUGGGCGCUUGGUGGGCUCUUUUCCCUGUUUGGAGCUUUGUGCUACGUUGAACUGGGGACAUCCAUCAUGAAAUCUGGAGGCAGUUAUGCCUAUAUCCUGGAGGCAUUUGGGGCCUUUGUGGCCUUCAUCAGACUCUGGUCUUCCUUGCUGAUUAUUGAACCAACGACUCAGGCAGUGAUAGCAAUCACAUUUGCUAACUAUAUUGUUCAGCCGAUUUUCCCCCAUUGUGAACCGCCCUAUGAUGCAGUCAGGCUGAUUGCAGCUGCAUGUAUAUGUUCCUUAACAUUUGUUAAUUGUGUUAAUGUAAAGUGGGGUACCCGUGUACAAGAUGUUUUCACAUAUGCCAAAGUUAUGGCUCUUAUCUUGGUGAUAUCUGUUGGCCUUUACAAAAUUGGUAAAGGGGAAACGGAGAACCUGAGAGCUCCAUACGAGGGCUCAGCAACAAACCCAGGGAUGAUCGCCCUGGCUCUCUACUCUGCCCUCUUCUCCUACUCAGGAUGGGACACGCUCAACUAUGUCACCGAGGAAAUGCAGAAUCCUGAGAGGAACCUACCUCUUUCUAUUGCAAUUUCAAUGCCUAUUGUAGCUAUUAUUUACUUAUUGACUAAUAUAGCAUACUAUGUAGUGUUGGACAUGUCAGCUAUCCUCACAAGUGAUGCAGUGGCUGUGACAUUUGGAGGUGAAACCCUCAGUCAUGCCAAGUGGAUAAUUCCUAUAGCAGUGGCCAUGUCUUGCUAUAGUGGCUUAAACUCAUCAAUUAUUGCAGCAUCUCGGCUUUUCUAUGUUGGAGCCAGGGAAGGACACCUGCCUGUCAGUCUGAGCUUGAUUCACGUCAAGUGCUUCACACCAGUCCCUGCUCUCCUGUUCAAUGGCUUAAUGACUUUGCUUUACCUCCUUGUGGAAGAUGUUUUUCUCCUUAUUAACUACUACUGCUUCAACUACUGGCUCUUUGUGGGUCUAUCUAUUGCAGGACUAAUAUAUUUGAGAUAUACUCAGCCACACAGACCACGGCCUGUUAAACUUAGCCUCUUCUUCCCUAUAGUAUAUUGUUUGUGUUCCCUGUUCCUGGUUAUAGUGCCUCUCUACAGUGAUACAAUCAAUUCCCUUAUUGGCGUUGGUAUUGCCCUCUCAGGCAUUCCUGCAUAUUAUUUGGGAGUCUAUCUGCCAGCUGAAAAACGACCUAAAUGUCUGCUUUGGCUCUCUGCUACAACAACGAAGUAUGUUCAGAUGCUCUUCUACUGUGCUCUGUCAGACCUGGACAUAGACGUGGAACCCACAGCAGCUAAGAAUAAAUAGAGUUGCCUCAACAUUGAAAAUUGUGCCUUGACAUCUCCUGUCUGGAACAGUUUUCAUCAUCUGAAGCUCUUCCCAUAUGUUCAGUCAUAGAAGAGUACUAACCACUGUACUGUGCAUUGGUUUCAUGUCAGUGAAGUUGUGAUGGGUUUAUAAAAUACUCUGUUUUACAGGAUUUCUUUUUAAAAUUCUGUUUGUUUAUAGUCAGUUAUCAUGUGACAUUUUGAAACUAUAAAGCACUUAAUGAACAAAUGUUUAUUAGUGGAUAAGUGCUAAAUCUUAAAUGCAAAAGAAGAGUAAAAAAUAUUAGAUCAGGUCUUUGCAAGAUUCAAAGUCUGAGUUUGAAAGUAGAAACAACAGUAGUUUUCUAAAAAUGUAACUAAAUUCUUAGCCAAAGCAAAAAAAAAAAAAAAAUUCUUGCUGGUACUCAUUUUGAGUCUUAAUAUUAGUGUUACAUUAUUCUAAUGCAUAAUUCGUGGCAUACGUAGUUUACUAAAAGCAGAAAACCAAAGAGUUUGGUCAUUUAACUUCUGUGAGAAAUUCUCAUUUGAUGAAUGUCCACAUAAAUUACUCUUUUAUAGAAAAGAUAUUUCCAACAAAAAAAUGAUACCAUUGUUCAGAAGUAUUUUUAGUUUCCAGAACAGUCUGUCAUGGAGGACUUAAGUCACUGAGUCCCAUUCCAGCUAGUGGAUAUUCAGGGAAAACACUUCACCUUCUCAGACUGUCCUUUAGUUGCCUAAAAGUAUCAAAAGUGUGGUCCCAUGAAUCAUACUGAUUUUUUCCACAGUUGAACUUAUUUAAAAAUUCACAAGGAAAAAUUAAAAAUUGAUGUUUUUCAAAGUUCCUUGAGUCCUGCCUAACCCCAGAAACCUCACCAGUUUCUGCUAUUAAAAUAACCUUCAGGUCUUCUACUGAGCACACAGAGAGCCUCCAGAUAGGUCCUCACACCACAGGUGCCUGUUCCACAAUGCUCAGCACAGACACGUGUACUGGACAAGUGCACCCAUCAGUGAGUGCCAUGAAAGAAUAUGGCAAUUAAGAACUGGGAUGUUCUCUUGAUCAUUAACUCUUUCAGUGUGGCACACAGGAAUCUGCAACUAAUCCUACUUCUUAGUCUCCUGAAAUGGAAAAGACAAUAACUGUAAAGAAAAAAAAAAAAAAAAAGAAGCCACCAGCCUUGCAACCUAGACCUUAAAAUGCUUCAGCUCUAAUAUGGUUUGUUGAAAUGCAGUACCAUUUGUGAUCUUGUUGGCAAGUCAUACUUCCUUUCUGGUUUUAUAUUUAAAUGUAACAUACAUUGUUUCUAAUUUGAAUUUCACCAUUCCUCUUCAAUUAGCCUUGACUAAGGUAAUUUAAUCUUAUACAAGUCCUUGUAGCUUCCAGAAUUGUGUGUUAUUGAUGUCUGCUCAGAGAAAGAGCAAUGCAACAGGCAAUUUUUACUAUUUAAGCCUCUCUUUACUCCCUCCCCACACUGCAAGGUCAUUUGGAGGAUUGUAGUUUCAUGCAUCUAGGGUGUAAUUUAGUUUGCCCAGCUCAGAGCAUCCCCACACACUCUUCACACACAGCACACGUGUCUGUUACAGAAUAGCACCACUGUGAUCCUGCCUGUGAUUGUACAGUAAUUCUGCAUUUUCGCCUCAUCUCUUACAAAGCACUGGUUAGUGACAGAGCUGUGGUCCCAGACUGUAUCAGGGCACAGAGUAAAAACCCUCCAAUCUGGCACCAAACUCAACAGCACCAAAGCUGACUGUCUUUGCCCCCAUAGAGGUCAAAGUCAUGCUUGGUACUGAGCCAUGUGUCCUACCAAGACAGACUGUACCAUCCUCUGAAGUUUUUCAAUGCAGGACCGAAGUUUCUAAAUUAUUUGGGACACUUGAGGUGACAUCUCAGGUGGUAACAGCAGGCAUUACAGAGUUAAAACAAGAAUUCCAACCUAUAACAAGAACAUUUCCAAACAAAAAUCUGAGCUGAGAAACUUCUUUAGUUGUCUGUUCUUUGCCUUUUUGUGGUUUUUGUUUUUUGGGGUGGUUUUUUGGUUUUUUGGGGUUUUUUUUGUUUUGUUUUGUGUUUUGUUUUUUGUUUUUGUUUUUUGUUUUUGUUUUUUGUUUGUUUGUUUGUUUUGUUUUGUUGGGUUUUUUUGUUUGCUUGUUUUUUGUUUUUUGUUUUUUUUGGUGGAUCUGUUUAUUUGUUCUGGCUGCAAAGGUGCUGAUAACACACCAGUGUUUUGGCUACUGCUGAGCAGUGCUGGCACAGCAUCAGCGCUGUCUCCCUGACAUUCCACUGCCAAGCAGAGGGCUGGGAAGAGCCUGGGAGGGGUCACAUCUGGGAUAGGUGACCCAGGUUAACCAAAGGGAUUUUCCAUACCAUAUGACAUCAGCUUAGCCAUAAAAGUUUAGAAAAGUAGGAGGAAGGUGGAGCAUGUGUUAAUUUGAAAGUUUGCCUUCUGGAGAAAUCACUAUUUGUGCUGAAGCCACACUUCCCAGGAUUGGGACACUGGGACAUGUGGUUGGACAUUGCUUGCUGAUGGAAAGUAGAGAAUAAUUUUUUUUCCCCUCUUUGUUUGGGGACACACAAACUUUUGCUUUUGCUGUAGUAAACUGCUUUAUCUCAACUUACAAGUUGUUUUCCAUCCUAUUUUCUCUUCUCUGUCCCACUGAGAAGGGGGAGUAAUGGAGCAGCUUUGUGGGCACUGGGCAUCCAACAAAGGUCAACUCAGCACAGCCUUUUCUGGGCAUGAUGCACAAACCUUAAUUUUCUUUCAGGACAGAAGAAAAGUAAUAGUCAGAUACAAGGUUUUAAAUGUAAAUUAAACUACUGAAAUUCUCUGGACAUUGGAAUCUAAGAAAUGUUAAUGUGAUUGUUGAUUUUUCACUCCUUACAAAUGUAAGUUAUUGUCAAAUAUCUAAAGCAAGUCAUAGAUGUUGAAAGCAUUUAAAACAAAUAAACAUUUGAUUCCUGGCAAA